ACGAAGUUGGAGAUGUAACCCCCACUUGGCAUGCUGCACGCGAUCUCUGUUCCUCUGUUCCUGGCUGUUGUGUGCGUCUUCAGAGUGUGCCAGAUUCAGCAACGUGUGAAAGAAGGCGAGCAUCCUGUUUCCUGGCAGAGAUAAAUGUCAGAUGAAGACGUCAGUGAGGACCCGGGAUCAUCUGUGUCCGAAUACCGAAGUCCUUUCAAGAGCCGCUUCAAGUGGUCCAACAGAGCCCAGUUCUUUGUCGCUUGCAUUGGUCUCUCUGUUGGACUCGGAAGCUUCUGGCGAUUUCCAUACAUGGUCCUCGACAACGGAGGAGCCAUCUUUGUGAUAGCGUACAUAAUUACCAUGAUUGCCAUCGGAAGACCUUUCUAUUUCCUCGAGGUGGCUUUGGGACAGUUUUCUGGCCUGGGAGCUGUCGGAAUAUGGAAGUGUGUACCUAUCGGCAAAGGAAUCGGCGUGUGCAUGUGCUACGCCGCCAUCAUAGUGUCUCUCUACUACAACGUCUUCCUCGCCUACUUGAUCAUCUACAUUUACGAAUCCAUGUCCAAUGACCUGCCCUGGUCAUCCUGCGAUCAGGAAUGGGGAGCUGAUGAUGAUUGUUAUGUUCGAAAGAGGGGAACGCUAUUGUGCAAGAACAUAAACUGGAAAUUGAGCCAAAUGUUCGCGGGCAAAAAUAUCACCAACGGCUACACCAUCGACGACGGGGACGGGAUUGUUACUGUCCCAAAAGAUGUGUACGAAAACUAUUCUUCACGUUGCACCCCUGGCCGUCACACAGCGGCUGAAGAAUUCUUCUUCUUGCGUGUUCUUGGACUAAGCGAAGGACUUGAUACAGCGGGACGCUUCCGAACAGAUCUUACAAUUGGUUUAGCGAUGACCUGGACGAUAGCAUUUGUUUUUCUUGCAAAAGGUGUUGCCUUCACCCGCAAGCUCCACUAUCUAACAUCUACAGCUCCUUAUUGUAUCCUCUUCAUCCUGCUGCUUCGUGGGGUCACCCUGCCAGGUGCGACACAAGGCAUCACCUACUUAUUUGUGCCGAAGAACUGGGGCAAACUGCUUGACCUCAACGUAUGGUACGGAGCCGUGCAAAAUAUGAUAGUGUCUCUCGGCAUUUCGACCGGAGUGAUCAUCAACCUGGGCAGCUUCAACAAGUUCGGCACACGAUUUGCCUUUGGAGUUAUUCCCCUGACAGUCAUGGACAUCCUCACCGGUUUAAUGAGUGGAACUGUGGUGUUUUCUGUGCUCGGAAAUUUGGCCUACAAGGUGGACAUGCCCGUGGAAGAAGUGGCCACGCGAACCGGUGUCAGUCUGUUUUUCUUGGCCUACACAGAAGCAAUCGCAGAGCUCGACUACGCACCCUUGUGGUCAAUCUCAUUUUUCACGGCAUUCUUUCUCGUUGGCAUGGAUACUAACUACCUCAUGCUGGAGUCUGUGCUGACCACUGUUUCCGACGAGUUUCCAUUUCUGAGGAACAAGAGACCGCCCACAGCCUUUGUUGGAAGCAUCAUUGGAUUCCUCUGUUCCCUUCCAAUGACCAUGCAGAACGGUUUCUACAUUCCCUACAUCCUGGACAUCUACAUCUAUGGCGUACUGGUACCGGUCAUGGCUUUCAUCGAAGUCUCUUGUAUCGUCAUGGUCUACGGUAUGAACCGUUUCCGCUUGGACUGGGCGUUUAUGAUGGGAGCAGACGUGAACUUCGCAGAAGACAUUUGCCUCAGACUCCUCACACCCACUGUGAUCGGGUUAAGCAUUCUCUACGGAAGCUUCCUGCAAAGUGGGCCCAUCAUCCUAGAGAGCUACAUCUACCCGUCCUGGGCGAAACUGAUUGGCUGGUCCAUCGUCACAAUAGGAGCCUUGCAGAUUCCCAUGUUCGCCUACUCUGCGUUAUACACCAAAAAGUUUGACAUCAAGGCCGCCACGAAACCUACCUCCAUCUGGGGACCCGAAGACCCCGAGACCUACAGCAGGUACCUCAAGAUGCUGCGCAAGAGGAGGAUCCUUCCACGGGCCACUAAGCGCCAAGCCGAAGCACCACCUCAACUAAGUGCAUCAGAACUGGAAGAGAUGUCCAAGCUUCUGGGACGUACCCCAGAAGACCUGCAGAAGCUGCGCAUGUACAGACACCUAAAGCUGGCCAGCCUGUCCAAAGCAGACGCUCGCCCUGCAUCCAUGCUUCCGCAGGCUCUGAACACCAGAAGAAUGAGCGGCCGACGAAGAUCUUCAGCUAUCCUGUUGGAGUACGACAUGCCAACAGGGGGUAGAAGACAAUCAUCCGUGUACGUCCUUCCUCAAUAUGCUGAACCGCCCACUGCAGCGGAGCCCGAUCAAGCGAGAAUACCACGUAGUGUUGCGGUUGCUAUGCUGGAACCUGUCACGCCGCUAGACCAAAAUGAAGACGAAGUACGAUUUCGAGGACCUGAGGCUCGACCAAUAUUGAAAAGACGCGAGUCACUGAAUCGGCAGUACGCGUACGAUUGAUUGAUUGAUUGAUACAGUUCUUGGAGCAUUAUUGUAACUCGUCGCCGUGUGCGCGCUACGAGCCAUACAUUGAGCAUCUUGUGAUGAUGCACUCUGGUGAUGCCACGAUGUAGCGUCGCUUGUUUGGCAGAAUGCGUUGAUAUAUUUAAAAAUUAUCUCACAAUAUUGUUGAUUCGGAAUUUGUUGAUCUGUUGAUUUGAAUUGAAUAUUGAGAUGAUUUCAAUAUCA